CCCCGCCCCGCCCGGUCCGGGCUGCAAGCGCCCGCCGGCCGUUUCCGCUCUCGGCGCAGGCGCGGCAGCUCGGCCGGAGAGCGGCGGGGGUCGGGCGAGGAGUGGACGCCGCUGGCCAGGAUGGUGCUGGAGAGCGUGGCCCGCAUCGUGAAGGUGCAGCUCCCCGCGUAUCUUAAGCGGCUCCCAGUCCCCGAGAGCAUUAUCGGGUUCGCCCGGCUCACAGUUUCAGAAUGGCUUCGGUUAUUGCCUUUCCUUGGUGUACUUGCACUACUUGGCUACCUUGCGGUUCGUCCAUUUCUCCCGAAGAAAAAGCAACAGAAGGAUAGCUUGAUUAAUCUUAAAAUACAAAAGGAAAAUCCCAAAGUGGUGAAUGAGAUAAACAUUGAAGAUUUGUGUCUUACUAAAGCAGCUUAUUGUAGAUGUUGGCGUUCUAAGACGUUUCCUGCCUGUGAUGGUUCACAUAAUAAACACAAUGAAUUGACAGGAGAUAAUGUGGGUCCACUAAUACUGAAGAAGAAGGAAGUAUAAUAGUAAUGCAUUAGAAUGGAAUUCAAUUGUGUGCUGUAAAAACUUAUAACAAUAUUUUUCCAUUCUUUGUUUAUAGAAGAUCUUUCAAAUGGUGGUCUUAAUUAUUGCUACUGGUUGAAUAAUUAUUUCUGCCAAUUUAUUUUCUUGUUACGCUACUGUUUAUAUUUGAUACUUUGUAUAUUCAGUCAUUUAUAUAAAAAUUAAAU